AUGGAUUUUUCGCAGAAAUACAUAUCAUCGCUGGUGUUAUGGAGACGACCGGUCAGUACCGUAUACUAUGCCACACACGAGCUCAUCCAUCAACUGAUAUCACUAUUCAAAUGGGUUUUACGCCAUACAAAGACCUGUUUAUUAGUUACUGUCGUUAUUAUGGCAUUACUGGGCGCCUCCUAUGUUGACGGCCCGCACCAGCAAUGGGUACACGUGUUUCGCAAACAGUUCCUGUGGUGCGCCUAUUGGUGCGGACUCGGCAUACUGUCCAGCGUAGGCCUGGGCACCGUGGCAAAAGACACAGCGGUUUGGGAUAGUACUAGUGUGGGAUCAGCUGCUGCGGUGAUUAUCACUGCUGACACCACCACUCAUGGGAGGGAUCAGUGA